AAUUAGAAAUUUAUAUUACACUAAGUUUUUAACAAACUCAUCCGAUAUUAGAGAGGUGAUUUAAGAUAUGAGAAAUAAGAACAUAAGAUCUGAUAUCUAAGAAGAAAAUUCGUACCCAAAAGUAAACCUUAAGCUACUUAGGCCAUCUUUUUAUUUGCUAGUAGUAGUGGUAGUUCACAAGUCACCAGUAUAAAUAUACAUGCUAGGGUUAGGUUAACUUAUUGUGUCACCUCACAUCCCCACUCAAAGCUGUCUUUUCUCCUUCAAGCUCUCCACACCAUACUUGAUAACAGCUUCUAGCUUUGGAUCAGUAAAUUGAUCGAAAAACUUUGCUGCUUCCUCGUCGCAGAAGGGAAUCCUUCCAACAUAGCAAAGAAUUAGGGUUGCAGAAGUAUGAAGAAGCGUGUCGUAAGAAGGGAUGCAUCUAGCAAAAGGAGCAGUACUUCGGUUGCUCGGAGAGUGCGUUACGCAGAGUGUCAAAAAAACCAUGCAGCGAACAUCGGAGGGUAUGCCGUGGAUGGGUGCAGGGAAUUCAUGCCCAGUGGAGAGGAGGGGACCGAGGCUGCACUUACAUGCGCAGCUUGCGGUUGCCAUAGGAAUUUUCACAGAAGGGAUGAGGAAACUGAGGUAGCUUCUGAGUCUUCUUGUUCUUGAUUACCAUUAAAUCAAUGUCGAAAAGAGUGAUUUAUCAUUUAUGUGUGAGAAUUUGAAAUCAUAGUUUUUUGGUUUGUUGUGUUUUUGAGAUUGUUGUGCAGUGGUGGUACCAAAAAAAACAAAUUUCUUCUUGGACAAUAUGAACCUUGUAAUUUGAUUAAGAUACUGUGAAAGUAAAUUAAGGUAUUGUUUUUGGAGGGGAAAGAUUUAGGUUUAAUUUCUCCAUCCUAAUUCUUUCUUUAGUAA